CUCAGGUCCCCGCCGGUGAGAGCGGAAGUGGUAAGACUGACGUGUCCUGGGCUGCUCUCCUGAUCGCCGGGAGGACACUCCGCCGGGGACGGGCGAGCCGAGCCUCGCGGGGUCCCCGGGGCUGGGCCGGGCCUCCAGCUGGAGAAUAUUCAUCGAGGAGCCCUUGACUGAGCCGAGAGCUGUGUCCAGCGUGGUGCGGCCAUAGCUGCCGCGAUCAGGCGCCGCGGCGGACAGCCCAGUGCAGCUCAGUCGUCAGGCCCUCUCCAGCCCGCCGCUGCUGCGCCGCUCAGGGGGAGACCCCGGCAGGAGUCCAAGUGCAGCUACGGGGCCGCAGAGGCCGCUGGCGCCGCCUCGGCCGGCCCUUCCCGCGCGGUGAGGACCCCGGGACUGUGGCGGGAAGGGACCAGAGGUGCGCGGCCGCGCGGCGUUGCCAUGGAAACGGGGUAGCGCGCGCAGUAGAGGCCUGGGGCGGGCUUCGGGCUGGGUGAACCCCAGGUUGGAGAUCUAGAGAGCGGAGGCGGAGCCCGGUCUUUGGGAUAGAGAGACGUGGUGUGCUGUGAGGGUCGAAAGAAGAAAUGGCAAGAAGUGGAGCCAGUGGGUGUCAAUUCGAGGGAUCUGACCUGGGCGUCAUGCAUGAAUUGAUCCCUGGUUUCUAUAACCGCAGGACUCCCCCAAACAGGUUUCGCUGCCUUGAGGAUGACAGUCCUAAGGCACCCUCGAAGUUGGAGCUUCGAGUGGUUGCCAGUCCUGAUGCUGCUGCUGGGCACAUGCCAUGGGCCAGGAGUGGAAGGCGUGACUCACUAUAAGGCCGGCGACCCUGUCAUUCUAUAUGUCAACAAAGUGGGGCCGUACCAUAACCCUCAAGAAACUUACCACUAUUAUCAGCUUCCAGUCUGCUGUCCUGAGAAGAUACGUCACAAAAGCCUUAGCCUGGGAGAAGUGCUGGAUGGGGACCGAAUGGCUGAGUCUUUGUAUGAGAUCCGCUUUCGGGAGAAUGUGGAGAAGAGAAUUCUGUGCCACAUGCAGCUCAGUUCUGCACAGGUGGAGCAGCUGCGCCAGGCCAUCGAGGAAUUGUACUACUUUGAAUUUGUGGUAGACGACUUGCCAAUCCGUGGCUUUGUGGGCUACAUGGAGGAGAGCGGCUUCCUACCACACAGUCACAAGAUAGGACUCUGGACCCAUUUGGAUUUCCACCUAGAAUUCCAUGGAGAUCGAAUUAUAUUUGCCAAUGUUUCAGUGCGGGACGUCAAGCCCCACAGUUUGGAUGGGUUACGACCUAACGAGUUCUUAGGCCUUACCCACACUUACAGUGUGCGCUGGUCUGAGACUUCAGUGGAGCAUCGGAGUGACAGGCGCCGUGGUGAUGAUGGUGGUUUCUUUCCGCGAACAUUGGAAAUCCACUGGUUGUCCAUCAUCAACUCCAUGGUACUUGUGUUUUUACUGGUGGGUUUUGUGGCUGUCAUUCUAAUGCGUGUGCUUCGUAAUGACCUGGCUCGGUACAACUUGGAUGAAGAGACCACCUCUGGAGGUUCUGGUGAUGACUUUGACCAGGGUGACAAUGGCUGGAAAAUUAUCCAUACAGACGUCUUCCGCUUUCCCCCAUACCGUGGUCUACUGUGUGCUGUGCUUGGCGUGGGUGCCCAGUUCCUGGCCCUUGGCACUGGCAUCAUUGUCAUGGCACUUCUGGGCAUGUUCAAUGUGCACCGUCAUGGGGCCAUUAACUCGGCAGCCAUCUUGUUGUAUGCCCUGACCUGUUGCAUCUCUGGCUACGUGUCCAGCCAUUUCUACCGGCAGAUUGGAGGCGAGCGUUGGGUGUGGAACAUCAUUCUCACCACCAGUCUCUUCUCUGUGCCUUUCUUUCUGACGUGGAGUGUGGUGAACUCAGUGCACUGGGCCAAUGGUUCGACACAGGCUCUGCCAGCCACCACCAUCCUGCUGCUUCUGACGGUUUGGCUGCUGGUGGGCUUUCCCCUCACUGUCAUUGGAGGUAUCUUUGGGAAGAACAACUCUAGCCCCUUUGAUGCACCUUGUCGCACCAAGAACAUCGCCCGGGAGAUCCCACCUCAGCCUUGGUACAAAUCUACUCUCAUCCACAUGACUGUCGGAGGCUUCCUGCCUUUCAGUGCCAUCUCUGUGGAGCUGUACUACAUCUUUGCCACAGUAUGGGGUCGGGAGCAGUACACUUUGUAUGGCAUCCUCUUCUUUGUCUUCGCCAUCCUGCUGAGUGUUGGGGCUUGCAUCUCUAUUGCGCUCACCUACUUCCAGUUGUCUGGGGAGGAUUACCGCUGGUGGUGGCGAUCUGUGCUGAGUGUUGGCUCCACCGGCCUCUUUAUCUUCCUCUACUCGGUUUUUUACUAUGCCCGGCGCUCCAACAUGUCAGGGGCAGUACAGACAGUAGAGUUCUUUGGCUACUCCUUACUCACUGGUUACAUCUUCUUCCUCAUGCUGGGCACCAUCUCCUUUUUUUCUUCCCUAAAGUUCAUCCGUUAUAUCUAUAUUAACCUCAAGAUGGACUGAGUUCUGGGUGGCAAAACUGUUGCUCUUCUCUUCCUUUCUUCAUGCCCCAUUGAUCUCUCCUACCAGCUUCUCUUCUGAUUGAGUGACUGAAUUGUGAUGGCUUGUUGCCUUCCCUCUGCCCUUUGGGCGUCCCUCCCUCAGAGAGGGCCUGGAUAUUAUAAAUCUCUAUUAUAUAAGGAGUAUAUAUUUGAACUUUUUAAGUUGCCUUUUAGUUUUGGUCCUGAUUUUUCUUUUUACA